AUGUCUGAUCGCUCAGUUAGUGUCGCUGGACCUAUCACCGAGUUUGUCAAAGUUGCUUUUAGUUUGACAAUGGAUGCCAAAGUAGAAGGUGUUGUCCUUGAUGGAAAGAAUAACGCAGUGAGGGUUCCCAUCCCAACCCUACCAAGUGCACCAAAGUUAGCAGCCAUUGGUUUACCUACUCCCGACGGAUUGUUGCAUACUCCGUUCAACACCGAGGAUGUGGCACAGUUCGGGGCGCACGAAAACCUCACCUACGGCAGUCGUGCCACAUCCAUUGGUGUUGGUCGGAUAAAAGCUAGUAAGUGCGAGUUUGAAGGGGAUUCGGUAGUCUUCUUAGAUUUUAUGGUCUUGCGGGAGAGAGUUUCUAGUAAUCCAGAGUACAUUGAUGCUGUAGUAUCUUUCCCCCGUCCUAAGAACCUGAGGGAGAGUAGAGGAUUCAUGGGAAUAGUAAUGAUCUGGCUAUGUACUACUACCAGCGGAGUUUACCGCUGUUGUAUAAGGAGGACACGUGAUCGUACUACCUACUUCCAAUGGGCAGAUGGGCUCUUGAGGAGGGCAGACUAUCACCCUGGAAAAGGAAGUACUGUGGUGCAAGAGAGCAACCUUAUUCAAGGUUUGCCAAAGUUUGACGAACUUAACGGAACUACCUCUGGGUUAUAG